AUGGAGGCCGCCCAGGCUGCGGUACUGCGUGGCCAGCACAUGCGCCACGCUGGGGUGCACUGCAGUGGCCAGCGGCAGGCUGCUCAGUCCACCGACACCAGCCCAGCCGGUGCCGCCGCCACGGGCACCGACCUGCCCGCCGCCGCUGCCUACUUCCCCCUGCUCUCCUCCGACGUGACCUCCUCCUACCCUGCCGCCGCCUACGAGGGCGUGGCGCACAACCUGGACUGGGUGGAGGACCCCGCCUUUGGGCAGGUCAUGGCGUGCGACGAGGCGCGCCAGAGCUACGUGUCCAUCCCCGGGCUGGAGUACGGCCAGGGCGGCGGGCUGGCUGUGGCCUUCUGGGCCAAGGUGCGUCCCCACAGCGGCGCCUCAAUGGACUACGCUUACUCCCACACCAACGCCGCCAACACAGACUACGCCUUCGACCCAAACACGGUGGCUGUGUUCUUCCCCGAGCGCGACCAUCCCGACUUUGGCGUGGCGCGGGCCAUGCUACGUGACGCCACCGACGUGCGCACCAACGGCACCGACCCAUUCUACCUCGACUCAUCCGGCUGCGUGGCCUCCAGCGCAGCCUGCACCCCCGCUGCCGCCGGCGCCGCCAACCUGGCUGCGGCCGAGGGCCAGUGGCACCUGCUGGGCCUGUCCACGCGGCCCGGCGGCGGCAAGGGCUUCCAGCUGUACGUCAACGGCACGCUGGCGGCGGAGGCCAAGGAGGAUGCGGAGGGCUUCACCAAGACUGCCACCGGCGGCGGGCCCAUGAACCUGACGGGCAACAUCACCCUGUGCAGCCGGUCCGACCUGGAGCCAACACGCUUCUUCGGGGGCAGCAUCGCCCACCUGCUCAUCUACAACACCUCGCUCACCCCCGACCAGAUGCGCCUGAUCUACGAGACGGGGCAGCCCCAGUCGCAGAGCGCCUCGCCAGCGGCGGCACCGGUGCCUGCUGGGGCCGACCAGGCGGCUGCCAGCCCUGGCGCAACUGAUGCCAGCUCAGUCGAUCCCGCCAGUGCGGCGCAGCAGGCAGUGGCCGCAGGCUUCCAGCCGGCGCCUGGCUGCAUCACAAGCUGCGCCGACGAUAAUGGGGUGCCGGUGUGCCUUGCAGCAGGCGGGCAGGUGCGCCAGUGCACGGCCAGCAACACCUCGACUGGGGCCCCGGUGAUCGGUGCGGCGGAGCAGCAGCAGGCAGGCGCUGCUGCCGUUGCUCCAGACUCGCCGCCGGCGGCUGCCCAGCAGCCUGGGAGCGACCCCAGUCAGGGUGUGGCUCAGCUGGGCGGGCAGCCGCUGUGCUCAGAGAGCCCAAUUCAAGGGGUCUCCACAGUCCAGGCCUGCGCCGCCGGCUACAUCUGCGCCCCGCUGUCCCGGCAGCAGAUUGCGGCCAACUUUGGCGGCCAGCUGCCGCUCAAUGUGGGAGACAUCGGCGUGUGCGCCUACAUGCCGCACGAUUUGAUGCUGCCCAACGCGACUGAUGUGCCCCCAGCCAUGGCCUUCUUUCCUUUGAACUCCCAGACACUCCAGUCCUUCCCGCUCCCGGAGCACACCGGCUCCGCCAGCGGCGCCGGGGUGGUGGGAGACCCCCUGUUUGGCUCCGCCCUGCUGUGCACCCAGAGCGACCGCGACCUGGUGGCCCUGGACCCGGUGCAGUACGCCCGCAGCGGCGCCUUUUCCAUCAACCUGUGGUUCAAGCCAGAGAACAUGUCAGGCGAGGCAGCGUGCCCUUCUGCAAUGUACCUGCCCCAGGAGGAGCACCCCGCGUACGGCGUGGUGCGCGCCAUUGUCAAGGACUUCGACGAUCAGCCCACCUCCAUGGGAGCACAGACCUGGCUGGACUCGGACGGAAACGUGGCUUACAACGGCGAGCGCUCCACCAGCCCCCAGUCGCCCUCGCUGUUUGACGGCGACUGGCACAUGGCCACCCUGACUAGUCAGCCCGGCGGCGGCAGGGGCUAUCGCAUGUACCUCGACGGCCAGCUGGCGGGGGAGGUGGCUGAGGGACGCAGCUACGUGUCGCCGGAGGGCUUCCCCAUCCCGAUUGACGGCGGGGACCCCAUGCUGCUGGAUGGCAACGUGGUGCUGUGUGUGCGCUCUGAUGACCCCGGCGGCCGCCACUACGACGGCCAGCUGGCGCACCUGGGCCUGCACGACACAGCCCUGGACGAGACACAAGUCGGGCUGCUCUACUCUGAAGUGUCCCGCAACAUGGGAGCUGCCACCUCCAGCAGCACAAUAACCCCUGCCGGCCCCGAGCUGCCCGUCCUGUCGCCGAGCUCAGGCGCAAACAUCACCCGGUUCUCCAUCAGUGGGCAGCGCUGCCAGUUCCCCGCGCUGUACAAUGGAGAGCUGGCCACCGACUGCGUGACGGUUGAGGGCAUGUCGUUCUGCCAGAUUGAGGAGAAUGUGUGGGAGGAGUGCGUGCCGCUCGGGGGCGAGGUCGCUGCCGCCUCCACCGGCGGGCCAAUGUACAGCUCAGACCCGUCCCAGGCGCCGCCCUCGUCUGCCGCCGAGGAGCCAAGCAGCAGCGACCCCAGCGCAGCCGCCUCGCCCAUCAUCAUAGCUGACAGCGGAGCCCAGUGCCAGCUGCCGCUCCGAUACAAUGGCAUGCAGGUGGAUGGCUGCGUCAACAUUGACGGCUCCUACCAGUGCUGGGGUAUGGAGACUGAUUCUUGGGAGGGCUGCCCUACCGACUUGAUGGAGACACAGCCCGAGGGCGGCGAGCUCGGCGUGCCAGCCUCCUCCGUGGCGCUGCAUGUGGUGCCCUCCAUUUCCCGCCAGACUGCCUCGGGCGACGCCUGCCAGCUGCCUGUUGGCGAGAUCCUGGACGACUGCAUCGACCGCAACGGCACCUGGUCCUGCCUCGACUCCUCCCUCAGCUGGCAGCAGUGCGACCUGGGCAGCUCACCGCCGCCCACCGACGACCAGGGCCAGCUGCUGGUUACGCAGCGCACCACCACGAGCGGCGAGGCCUGCCUGCUGCCCGCUGUCUUCCGGGGCCACCUCUUCUUCGACUGUGUCGACUACAGCGAUGCCCAGACCGGCACCGCCGAAAUCUGCCCCACGCAGGCUGCCACAUGGGAGCUGUGCUCCAACUCGGGCUUCACGGGCCAGGAGCAGCCCGACCCACAGCCAUUCAGGCAAGCUGGGGCAUGCCGUUAA